AUGGGAUUCGCUUCCAAACUAGCUCAAGCAAACCAAUUGGCAGGUGCAGCAGGCCUCAUGUCAAACAAACCACCAGGUGCUUCCUACGGCGCACAGGGCGGAUACGGUGUAGCCCAAGGUCAAGGUCAAUCCCCCUACGGCGCUCCUCAACAAGGUCAAUAUGGUCAACAACAAGGUCAGUACGGCCAGCAACAGUCCGCGUACGGUCAACAGCAACAACAACCUGGCCAAUAUGGCGCACAACAACAGGGUCAAUACGGUCAACAACCCCAACAAGGGUAUGGCGCUCCUGCUGUUCCAGGCGGUAGACCAGGUCAAGCUCCAGGUGGUUAUGGUCAGCAGUCUGGUCAGUAUGGUCAACAGCAACCCGCUUACGGUCAACAACCAGGGCAAUACGGCCAACAAUCCGGCCAGUACGGUCAACAACCCGGUCAAUAUGGCCAACAACAACAACCGGCAUAUGGGCAACAACAGUCUCAAUAUGGUCAACAACCCGGUGGAUAUGGCCAGCAACCAGGUCAAUACGGUGCUCCUGGAGGAUACGGCGGAGCAGGAGCUGCACCUGGAGGUGGUGGUGUGAACGCUCAAUACGUUUCUCAACUCUUGAGCCAAUGUGUCAGAGAUCAACAUCUCGAAGCCUUCUACCCUCCUCAAGCACUUGAACCGAUCGCCCAACGAAUCGUUCAAUCAGGCGCUCUACAACAACUCGCAUCGAACUGGAAACUUCCCGUCGAGCUCGCCUCAGACUUGGUCAAGAUCUCGCUCUUCGAUGUCGUCGUCCUCAUCGAUGACUCGGGAAGUAUGGCUUUCGAACAGAACGGUGAAAGGAUUGAGGAUCUCAAGAUGAUUUUGGGCAAGAUCGCUUUCGCUUGCUCUCUCUUUGACCAUGACGGGAUCCAAGUCCGAUUCCUCAACUCUCAACUUCAAGGUAAUAACAUCAACAACGAGCAAGCCGCUUUACAACUUGUCCAACAAGUCAAAUUCAGUGGUCUUACUCCGCUCGGUACAUCCCUUGACCAGAAGAUCCUCCAACCUCUUCUUUUGGGUCCUGCCAGGGCUAAUGCUUUACAAAAGCCUCUCCUUAUUAUUGCUAUCACUGAUGGUGCUCCUGCUGGGGAAUCGACCGACAAGAUCGUCCAAGUCAUCACCAAUGCCAGUCAUGAACUCCAACGAAGUCGAUACGGUCCCGAUGCUGUCUCCUACCAGCUCUCUCAAGUUGGGAACGAUAAGUCUGCUCAAAAGUUCUUGUCAUCCCUUGACGACAACCCCGCGAUAGGUUCGCUUAUUGACCAGACUAUGGACUUUGAGUACGAGCAAGAACAAAUGAAGCAGAAGACUGGUGAAGACUUGAGUCCUGAAAUGUGGCUUAUGAAGUUGUUGCUCGGUCCUAUCGAUACCUCCUACGAUUCCAAGGACGAGACCAACGCUCCUCCCCGACGAUAUUAG